AUGUCGGUUGCGGUACUGCCGGACAGUACCACGAACAGCGAAAUCAUCACGGAACAUGCUGCAUAUACUCAAGAAGAUCGACUGGCAGCCAGGCCUCUACAAGAUCGCUCAGUAGAAGCAUGGUGGCCGGAGCAACUGAGAGAGGUGCCGAUCGUGGGGCCUGUGGAAGCGCAGGGAUCGCAGUCCCCCCACUUGCUAGACCAAGUCUCCCAAGCACACCUGCAAGCUUUUCUGUAUCACGCUCUCCCAGACAAGUAUGCGGCGUAUCGUUCGAGCGUCUUCACCGCCGUCAUCGAUGCCCUUGCUGUGAUUGGCGAAGUCGAGACACUCUCGUCCUUGCGGCGGACAGCUGCGAUGAUGUCUAGGGCACAAGAACAUGUCAGGACUGGCACUAACUCACAGCAUCAGGAUGCGAUGAUUCACAAUCCUACUUGGAGUCGUCUUGGGUGGGCGACUUCUAUGGCAGGUAGUAAGGAGCCCGAAAGGACGGGCAGGGUACGGAAGAGGGACAUAGCCCUCGCCAUGCUCACCAACGCAGUCUGGCUGGUUGCCUCGAAUGCGCCGGCAGAAGAGGAGACACUGCGCAAACAGGAAGAGGCCUCUCACAGCCCAGCAUCGACCACACAGUCGGCAAUGUCCGUCAGACGUGAGGGGCUUCCGAGAGGCGUGGGGAUGCCACCUAUGUUCCUUGCUCCUUCGACUCCUACUACUGCCAUCAGCAUCAACAUGUCUGGAUCUCCUGCUCCUGAGCAUGGGUUGGCAGAUCCCUUCUCGUCUCAAGUCCCUGAGGUCAACUCCGAGGACGUCUGCGGCGCUCUUACGACAUCCGACACUUCGACAAUAAGUACCUCUCAGACGUCCAGUCGUGCCGUAGAGAAGCUUUCAUCGCUGAAGGUGCUUCCUCGUGCUACAGACAGAGAGGAUGGUACAGCACGGUCGCAAGAAACAUCACGCUCUUCCUCCGUCUCUUCGCGCAUCUCAGUGGAGACCCUCGGAGAAGAGCUGGGACAGAGGAACUCCGAGGCACAAGUCGACACGGACUGCCAAGGGGAUGCCAAGAUGGUCAUCGCUGCUGUCUUUGCAGAGAUCACGGCGCCUUCAGACGGUGCGCCACCAGCAGCAAGUAGAUCCUCGACGUUCGCGGGCUCGCAAACAUCACGCAUGUCCGUCAUGUCCGACAAGACAGUGGCCGGUCCGUCUCGUCCUGAAGACAUAACGCCGACGCCGAGUGCUAUUGGCAGUCAGAGCCGAAAAGUGUACUGGAAGGCUGAUGUUCUUCGCGGAGAAAGCCUCUUUCCCAGCAGUCAUCCACAUGUCGAUAUGGAUGAGGAUGCGGCAUCAAAAAGGGUUGCGCAGAAAGGAGGCACCUUUGUCAUCACCGCUGACUCAAAUGAAGACGCUCGACUGGUCAAGGAGGCCAUCGCCGUGGCAUUCUAUACUGCAGCCUCAAUGCUAUUAGAAACGGCAUUGUUGCACGAUCUUGGCCAUCGGAGAGUCGUUGUACCAGAAUUGGCAGAACUGACAGAACCGCCUCGAGCGGCAUCUCCAGAUGAUGCCCCGCCGAUAGCAACACCUCCCGUGAGCCAGCCUAUAGCUGCUCACGAGAAGCACCCUGAGCGACAUAAGCGGACCGGAAGCCGAUGGCCCAAAGGGCUGUGGGGUGCUGUGCAGAGUGGUAGCGCAGCUCUGACAGCAGCUCUGUCGAGCAGGGCCUCGACUCCUGAGCAGCCAUCCGAUGAGCACCUCGAAGACCUCAUCAGGGAUCGCGUUAAGCUUGCAAGGAGCCGCACCUUUGACAAAAGCCAGCGUACGUCGGAUGGUACAACUGGAAGAACUCGGACGAUCUCGAGGAGCAGUAUCCCAGCGUCGCUCAGCUCACGCUUGCCGGCUAAGCUCGGGCGUCUCUUUCGAGAGCAGGACAGUCCUCGAUCGUCAGUAGACGGCCUCCCAGAGGAAGGCGAGGUCAGCUCGGUACACUCCUUCGGUCGAGCUUUUGAAGACGCGGAACCGCAGGCAGACCAUCAGAAGGAGAGCGGCUCUGUUUCGAGAACGCAGCCGGCCGGACAAGGCAACAGCGCCGUCAAUGCAGAGGCUGCGCCCCCAAUGCCCCUUUCGAGCUCGCCCGAGCUUUCUCAGCGCAGGCAAGAGUCAGCGCAUCGACGCAUUGCCAUGUCGGGCGAAGCAUUUCUGCGGAGGUUUGCGGAAGCAGAGAGCAUCGCGGUGUUAGUCGGUACUGCUGACUACGCUGUCCAGACAACUCCGUCGUCAGCUUCGCAAACUCCCUUCGCGCGUGCACCCACCCCACAAUCGGCAGGCUACUUUGCAUCUCUCUCUUCAGCAAAGUCAGCUGUCCGCAAGUUCUCAGGUGUGCCCCAAGGCGAAGGUGCCGAGCCGCCGUCGAGGCCCACUGACCUCGUAGAUGAUCAUGUGGCCACUGCGGGGCUUCUCUUACCGCCGCGUUGGAAGCACCUGAGACGAGAAGCGGUUGGCUUUUACGCGAAAGAAGCUCCAGGCAGGGAUAUCGCUCUGGGCCAAGCACUGGAGAACGUGUUUGGGCGAGCUGAAAGAACGUUUGAGCAGCAGAAUGGGAUCGGUGAGGCCGAUGCUGAGCGCGAUGCAGGCGUUCAUUACAUACACGGCCGACAUCGGGUCAGCAUCUCUACCAAGAUCUAUCAGCAAUCUUGUAGUACCGACGCAGGCCCAUGCAAGGAAGUCACGCCUACGGCGAGCUCACUCAUUGCACGUGCUGCCAAUGAUGCUCCUGACGCUGCACGAGACGUGUCAGAGACGACGAUGUCAACAUCCACAGGCGCCCCCGCCUCUUUACUGGACUCGAGGGCGAUCUAUCUCUGGUCGGCCAAUGUACAGACAGGGGAGGAGACCAAUCUAAGCAAGAUGGCACCCGCAACGUGGCUAUCCUCCUUUGCAAGAUUUCUCGAGACUAUCAUAUACCAUCCUCAAGGGGAGCGCGACAACGAACCCUACGAUACAGUCAGACUCUUCCAGAGGGGUGCAACGGUUGCCAAAGUUUGUGUUGCUCCGCUGACAGUCUAUCGGUUUGAGAUCGAGGGCCCGGUGGUGUGCAAGAUUGGCAGUAGCAGGCUCGAUGGGGUCACUUUGGGCGCAGAGGUGCGAGACACUCUUGACGCAGAGAUUCGGACCUUCUUUGCGUCCUUGGAAGAGGCUAUCGUCGCAGUGGAAGCGAGCUGCAUCUCUGAGCCAUCCAAAGAUCAGCAGGACAGCCUUCAGGAAUCGAACCCGGUUCCAAUUGCCGAGGGCGACACUGGAUCAGAGCCGCUGGAAGCGCUGCGGACACUUAGAAGGCAUAUGAAAGAAGAUGAGUCCGAGCUACUGGCCACCGUACAGACGAUAGUAUUCGAGGAGGUCAAUGAUCUCCGUAGGAAAUUCGCAAUCCUCUUGCAAAAGACUCUCGAGCGCUUCGAGGUAUUGCGGCAGGGGUAUCGAUCCUACGGCAAGCCGCUUGGCAGCGAAGGGGAGCAACUGCGGAAGCCGCUGUGGGUGACGUCGGGCCACUACACCUUCCCAGGCUCGGGCUACCUGGUCCGCGAGGAUGAGCCACUGUCGGUCAUUGCCUUUUCUCUCAGCUCGCGCGAAUACAAGAACGAGCUCCACAUGCCACAGCAGUCCCCCUCUGACGGCAAUGCUUACGGUCUUGAUUCGCAGAGAGGCACCGACUCUCCUAGUGGCGGCAGCUCCCGCUUCAGCACCAUCAGCAUUGCCUCACUAGCCUCGUCUACGUCGCACCGUCAGGAAGAGGACGAGCCUGCGGAGAAGAUAUCUGCACCGAAAGACUCUCCCAGUGAGGGGGAAACGUUCCGCGUUGCCAUCAAGAGGAAGAAGAGGGCAAAAGAAGGCUCCAUCCUAGCCUUGACACUGCGAAGAGUCGGCUCCAACGUUUCUGCAGCCGCUAGUCAGCUUCACAGUAUCCGAGCCGACGUUGCGGCGCACAGGUCAGAAGGGAGAAGCUACGAUGUCCUGUCUAUGUCGGGACUUGACCCCGCGUUGCUGGGUAAUACAGACACGCUACACGCGCCUCGCGGCCGCAAGAAAUUCGUCUCGGACACCAUCAGCUCGUCGGAGUCUAGCAGCACCUUCCGAGCUCAGGUGACGCCUGUACCGAACCGCGUGUCCACACUGAGCUCGAUGUUCGCCAAGGGUAGCACACAAGAUGACGCCCUUCGAGUGCCUCCGGGAGGGACCAGCCUGGACACUACUGCUUCUCCAGCCUUGUGGGCACCUCGACUACGCCCCCAACACAGUACCUCCUCUCUACGCGAUGAGUCUGGGCAACCUUCGGGCAGCGCUCAAAAAGAGUCUCCACACAUCAAGCACAAUGUGAUCCAAGGCAAUGUCAAAGUCUCCUGCACCUCCUGGUUCGCAGAGGACUUUGCAGCCCUUCGAGCAAAGUGGGGAAUCGAAGAAGACUUCGUCGCGAGCCUCAGCAAGAGCUCCCCUUGGGUCGCUAUGGGUGGUAAGAGCCGGAGUACCUUUUUCAAGACUCUGGACGAGAAGUGGAUCAGCAAGCAGCUGCUCACGGUCUGGAAUGUGGAUGAGAAGGACGCCUUGCUCGAAUUUACCCCGGCAUAUAUUCGGUACAUGAUGAACUCUCAUAUCAAUGACUGUCCUUCCCUCCUGGUCAAGAUCGCAGGAUCUUACAGUCUGAAAAUCAAGGAUAUGAAGACGGGCGAGGUCAGGUUGAAGAUGAGUCUAAUGAUUCUCGAGAACGUCUUUGCUGACGGCGACGAAAAGACGAUCAAGUUCGACCUCAAGGGGAUCAAGGAAAGAAGGGCCACUAGGGCUACGCCGACGGAUGGUGUGUCAUCUGCACCGCCGUCUGUCUUGUGGGAUGCAGAGUGGAUCGAGAGCUAUCAGGCAAAGGCAUUCGUACCCGAGGAGGAGCGGAAUCUCUUCACAAAGGCUCUGAGAAAUGACUUGGCCUUUCUGACUGAAUCAAAAGUCAUGGAUUUCUCACUACUAGUAGGCGUCAAUGAAUCUUCCUCUCUCUCUCACUCCAGCAAAAAAGACGACGGCCACACGAGCGUCUCAGCUCAUCCCAGUCCCUCGAUUCGUGUGCGCAUAGUAGACUACAUCAGUGCCUUUACCCUAGCCAAGCAGCUCGAAUCCUCUUCAAAAAAGGCUCUCAAGAGCACAGAAGCUAAAGGCAGCGUCACCGUCCUUCCCCCAAGCGAGUACGCGGCGAGAUUCGAAGCUGCGAUGCUUUCCUACUUUAUUGGAGUGCCGGGACAAGAUUGGGAGAAGGGUGGCAAGGCGGGCGAGGGGACGACGGAUGCACACUUUGCAGGUCUGCCGAGCGUCUUUUGA